GGGUGAUGGACGGACCCGUUUUGUUUGAGCUGGAGCUGGAUAUUCGGCGUGGGUUGUAGUUGAGAUUUUUGGAGGUUGAGGUAGUGGGACGUACUUAAUUUUUUUUUUUUUUGGUGGAAGAGAGCAGAGUCGCAGUCCACUCUUUUUUGGAGUAUCCCCGUGGAAAAUUCAAAGAGGUUGACCCGUCACCAUGACAACAGAAGCAGGCUCUGAGACGGAGGUGAAGGAGAACGCAGAGGAGUCAGCUGCUCAGCCAGACCAAUCGGAGGAGGCUAAGCAGGAAUCCCAGGAAGUAGCAAACGCUGAAGGAGAGAAGGAGAAGGAAAAAGACGGCAAAGGGAUAACUCGAUAUCUACCAACAUGGUUUAAGAAGCAGAAGUCUCAAAGUCAGACCUCCCCGACUAAAGAAGUCCAGCCCUCAGAGGAACCUGCUAGCAAGGCGACAGAGGAAGAGGAAGGCCCUGUCCCAGAAGUGAACGGUCACGCCGAGGAAGUGGAGAAAAAGGAAGUAAAGUUGGAGCAAGCAAAGGAAGCAGAAUCUCAUUCCAACGCCAGCGCAGACACCGAGCCGGCCAAAGAAGAGAAGGUGGAGGAGAGAGCAGAGAAAGGCUCAGACGAGACCAAGGAGACAAAAGAGGGAGAAGGAGCUGAGGAGGAGAAGAAAGAGAAAGGACAGGUGGAGGCUGAAGGGGAGGGAGGAGAGAACCAGACAUCCAUUUUCCAGUCUCCACUUCGCCUGGUGAGAAAGACCAAGAUGAAGGUGGUAGUGUGCCAUGUCGCCCUCCUGGAUGGGACUGACUUCACUUGUGAGGUUGAGAAACGUGCUAAGGGUCAGUACUUAUUCUUUAAGGUGUGCGAGCACCUUAACCUGCUGGAGAAAGACUACUUUGGUCUGACAUACAAGGACAACCAUGAAGAGAAGUGUUGGUUGGAUCCCACAAAGGAAAUCAAGAGACAGAUACGCAGUACCUUUUGUGUCUGCAGCUGCGUGAGGAUGUGGCUUCCGGACGGCUGCCUUGUUCGUUCGUCACUCAUGCUCUGCUGGGGUCGUACACACUGCAGGCCGAGUUUGGUGACUAUGAGCCUGACCAGCCUCGCCCUUUGGACUUCAUCAAUCAGCUGACUUUUGAGCCCGGUCAGAACAAAGAGAUGGAGGAGAAGAUUCUUGAGCUCCACAAAUCCCACAGGGGCAUGACUCCAGCCCAAGCUGACCUCCAGUUUCUAGAAAACGCCAAGAAACUGUCCAUGUACGGGGUGGACCUGCACCACGCUAAGGAUUCUGAAGGUGUGGACAUCAUGCUUGGUGUGUGUGCCAAUGGGCUUUUGGUCUACAAAGACAGGCUCCGGAUAAAUCGUUUUGCUUGGCCCAAAAUACUCAAGAUAUCAUACAAGAGGAACAACUUCUAUAUCAAGAUCAGACCAGGAGAGACCGAACAGUUUGAGAGCACGGUUGGAUUCAAACUCCAGAAUCAUCGAUCUGCCAAAAAGCUGUGGAAAGUGUGUGUAGAGAAUCACAGCUUCUUCAGGUUAAACGCACCAGAGGCUCCUACCAAGGCCCGUUUCUUGACUUUGGGAUCUAAGUUCCGCUACAGCGGGCGGACUCAAGCCCAAACUCGCCUGGCAAGUUCCCUCAUAGACAGACCUGCGCCUAGCUUUGAACGUACCUCAUCAAAGCGCAUCAGUCGCAGCCUGGACGGAGCACCAGCCAUCUGUAUAACUGAGGCCGGGAGAGACAUGGCUGAGAACGGACGGGAGCCUCACCUAGAGCUUCACUCAGACUCCAAGAGCCGAUUAAGAGUGCGUGGGGACAAUAUUUAUGUGAGGCACAGUAAUUUAAUGUUGGAGGACCACGAUAAGACCCAAGACGAGGUCCUGAAACACCAAGCUAGCAUUAGCCAGCUCAAACGCUCCUUUAUGGAGGCGCCGCCCCCCUCUCCUCCUCAGCCCAACCAGUGGGAGAAACGCCUCACCUCCUCUCCUGCGUCCGUACGCGUUCAGCAGCAACAAGUGGUUGAUGUCCCACAAACAGAAGCAGCUUCACCUGAUAACACCAUUACUGAAACCAGAGAACCUGCUAAGACGACCGAGGUUGAAAUCGAAGAAACCGUUGUCAUCCAGGAGAUUUCCAAAGCGGCCAAACCCGGACUCGUCUCUGUAACGGCCAGCCCCGCCGCCGCCGCCGCCGCCGCUCCGCCUGCAGAGGAGCAGGAAGCGCACAAGGAAGAGGUCAGGGUCGGAGAGGAAGCGGCGGUGGCGGAGGAGGAGGAAGUGCAGCCGGCGAAGCCAGAAAGCGCCUCGUCCGAGAGCGAGAGCGAGGAGGAGGCAGAGUACAAUCCAGAUGUUCCUGUUCCCAUCUCCCAAACACAAAUACCAGAGGAGAAGGAAGAGGAAGAGGAGGAGCAGUUUGCACCUCGGGACCCUCCUUCCCUUCCAGCUGAGCUCAGCCACGCCGCAGAAGAAACCACCGAAGAAGAAAAGUUCAUAAAGGAGGAAACAGAUGCAGAGAAGUCUGCAGUGGAGGAGAGGAAAACUGAACGUGAGACGGAGGAAAGRACAGAAGAUCUAAUGGUUACUCCGGAUGAAGCUCCCGACAGCCCCGUCCCACCGGAGGGGUCCGGGGCGGAUUUCACCCAAGAGGAAGAGGGGGAACCUAAAGUGAARGGAGAAGCCUUGCUGGUUGAAGUGGAGCCACGGCUGCAGGUUAUUUGUUGCUCUGAGCCGCCUGUGGUAAAGACAGAAAUGGUGACUAUUUCAGACACGUUCGCAGCCCAGAAAACUGAGAUAGCUACAAAAGAAGUUCCCAUCGUACAUACGGAAACCAAGACCAUCACAUACGAGGCUGCUCAGCUGGACGGUAACGGUGACGGUGAACCCGGAGUGUUGAUGACUGCUCAAACGAUCACCUCUGAGUCUUUGUGCACGACUACAACAACACACAUUACUAAGACAUUAAAGGGCGGGCUGUCUGAGACGAGGAUUGAAAAACGCAUCGUCAUCACUGGAGACUGCGACAUCGACCACGAUCAGGCACUGGCACAGGCCAUAAAGGAGGCCAAAGAGCAACAUCCUGACAUGUCUGUUACCAGAGUGGUUGUUCAUAAAGAAACUGAACUGGCAGAGGAGGAGGAUUGACUGAACUCAGAACUGAAAGGCCCAACAAAGCAGCUUCGCCACGACUGACCGCCACCUCCAGGAGCCGAGAGGAAGAAGAGGAGGUUUAGUCAUCGGGGCUGAAGUAGUCGCUCUCAUCCCAGAUGGUGCAUUUUAAAAACCAAGAGUAAAAACUACUUUUUCACUCAAUCCGAGGGAACAAACAGAACCACUUUGUUAGCCUGACACCUGUAGUUGUAUUUUUUUUUUAAAUAGUGUGUUUUGUUUUACAAAAAGAGAGCGUGUCAUGCGUAACUAAAACUAAAAAUGCACCAAUAACUGACUCGUAUGAUUUAAGCAUGCCUACUUUAAAUAAAUCACCAUUUUUUUUAAAUUAAAACGUAAAAUUCAAAACAUUUUUUAAUCAAAACAGAAAAUAUUAUUGAAUCAAUACACAGAAUCCUAAUUUUUUUGUGCAUUUUUUAAAUUUGUUGAAAACAGCUCCUCGACAAAUAAUAUAACAGUUUUAAUAAUAAGUUAAUGUGUUUAAAGUGCAGGAAACAGGUAAGCACAGCUAUUUUUUAAACACAUUAUAGAUUAAAGUUAUGCCAUCUUUUCACUGUUUUAAUACUUAAAGCUUGGAAGCUUAAAUAUUACAGGAAACAAAUCAUCCAUGUUUUUUAUUAAUGUUUUUAUUUUUGUGUCAUAAAUCAUUCCAUUCCUCAACAGCUGAGUCGGUUCAUCUUCAGUUCAGAUAACAAGACACGAUUUGAACUUUUUAAAUAAAUAAUAGCAMUCAUUAGGCUUAAGAAGCUGAAUGUGACAUUUAAAAGGCAUCUUACUUUUUUUUUAUUAGAGAUGAGUUUGAACUGAAAAAGAACAGACUUUAAAGCUGGUGAAUAACGAAAAAUGAAGGUUAGAAAAAAGAGCAGCUGUACGACACUAACUGUUCCUACUGGUCCUCAGGGUAACAAGGGAGAUAAAAACUGACCUUUGAUUGGGAGAGAGGACCUGGAAACUGGGUAAUAACCGGGAGAGUGCCAACUAAUAACUUGGGAAUUAAUGAAAAAAAAAAGAAAAAGAAUGUAAGUUGGCCUUAAUCUGUGGGGAAAAACUAGCUUUAACACGUUCUGUUGUAUUCUGCAGAGUCGUUUGUUUUGAAUUAUGCAAAAUGUAAUCCUGCAGUUUCAUUUAAAAUAUUCAAGUAGCAAAGGUACCAAAAUGAGGACGACUUGAAACCAGUUCUGUCCCAGAUUCAGCUCCGCUAACGGCAGCAUGUUUGUUGUUCUGCACCCGUUCACACAGCUUCUCACAUCUUUACAAGAACACAAUCAAAGCCUGUUAGGGGAUGAUCGAAAUCUGCACGUUUCACACGUUGUUGUUGUUAUUGUUGAUUCACAUGGAGAGUUUAGAUAAAACGCCUCUGUGCUGAUGGAUUAAGAACCUGUAGCAGCUCAUCUCAGUUCAUACAGUUUUGUCUCGACUGCGUUUUCCUGACAUUUUGCCAAUUCUGCUGUUCUCGUGACUCCGCACACUCACAAAACACAAACACUGAAUCUGCCACUAUACCAAAUAGCAACACAACAGUGAGAAUUCUUGUAAAGGGAAACCUUUUAGAGGGUUUGAAGCCCCCCUGGAAGCCCUUAGUUAGUUUAUUUUCCUGUUCUUUUUACUCGUUUUAUGACAAAUGUGAUUUGUGUUGCAAUAAAUGUGUCAAAACAUGGCUUCAUGCAGUUGAUACAGAUUUUCAGCAAAGUUGUUGUUAAAAAACUUAAUUUUAUUAAACUCUUAUUGGACAUUUUGAAUAAGAUUUAAAAGGCGAAUUGGGUUCAGGAUAUGCAUUUAUUUAAAAAAAUACUAUUAAUUUUAAACUAAUUGUCUCCCUUUUACUAAAGCAUCGAAUUUGAAGAUUUGAAAGUGAAUAUUUUUAGUAAUCUGAGACUUAAAGUCUUGGUUUKAUCUCUAUGCAGGUAUAAACAACAUUCCAUAAUCCUUUAGUUUUGUACAUUUUUUUAAGAUAAAGCAGCAGAAAAUCAUUUUAAAACCAUAUUUUCAUCUCUGCAGUUAUUUUUUUACUGCUCCAAAAGAUCUCAUCAACCAUGUUUGUAGACUUUCUUGUCAUUUCUUUCUUUCUUUUUUUUAUUUCUGUGAAAUUCUUCCAGUUGUUGGAAGGUGGGAUUUGUUGUACCGCCUCUUGCAUUUUUAAUAUUUUCACCAUGCUUUGUUUUGCUUGUCUUAUUUUAAUUAUAUUUUAUUUUUUUUGACAAUGAAGGAACACCACUACAAAAAGACUGAAGAUUUCUGUCACCUCGCUCUUGUUUAAGGUUCUGGGCCUCUCUCAUGUCCCGUCACAGGAGCUUUGGGGCUGCAUGGUUGGACUUUUUUUCAAAAUUGUUUUCAGUGAACUCCAAACAAUCACACGUUAAAAGUUAAUAACUUUUUAUUACGAGUUUUAAAAAGCAGCACACACGUUUGGAUUUUUACAGUUAAAAAUGAAAAAAAGUCCCAUUUUUAUUGGUUCAUGCAAUGUUUUGAUUGCUGUUAUACGAUUCAAAAAGUGACCAUUAGAUCACGUUUUAUACUUUAAACAGAAGCCAAUGAGUAGAAACGGCAUGAUACAUUUUUACAAAAAAAAAAAAAAACAGGUUUUGGAAAAUCAGCCAGCUUUGCUUCCUGUUUGCUAACCAGUAAUCACUGGUAGGUUUUCAUGUCUAGCAGCUUGUCUUGUGUCUCCCCACACAGCCACUCGUCCUCCCUGUGUAACACUGUUUAAAUAAAGGAAUGUUAUACUCUGAAA